UUUUUAAUUCGGCCUUGAAAGUAACCACCAAAAAUACUUAUUAAACGGGUUUUUAAUUUGAUUGCGUCGCUAGGAACUUGAUGAAAGAUGAUCAUUCGCGCCAAAUUGACGUUUCAUCAAAGAGAAUGUAAAUGACGUAGCAUCUACUGGAACGCCUAUCUUUUAAACGCGCAUGAUUCGCUCCAAUUGGCUGAAGAGGAGAUCAUCUGACCAACGGUCGCGGGAAGCCCUUCACCAUGCGCUUGAUAAGGAUGCUCUGAGUUUCGUUAGGUCAAUGUAUGUAAACAUAGCUAGCUAAUGAUUUGUUGUGAAAAUACACUUUUCUAGUUUGUAACGUUUAAGAUAACCAAGUAAUUUUAUUGCGAGUUGUUGGGAUAUUUUUUUUUUUUUUUUUAGGUACCCCGACGGAUUGUAUGUUUUUUCUAUUCGCGCUGGGUUCUGGACAAGGGGUUGCAGUGCGCCACAGCCAUUUUCCGGUACCUAAGCUAACUCGGCUGUAGCUAGUAGGAGUGACCACGGCAGGGGCGUGUAGCUGGUUAGCUAACUCUAUAGCUAGCGACACAUCUUCCGAGCAAAUUUAUCAGAUGAACAUAAACUUGCUUGAGAUGUAUUUUACAAUUUGCGACCCGUCAACAAGAGAAAGUGUUCGCUGAACGUAAGGGAGAUUUCGGAGGAAGUUUGACUUUUUGCCAUACUUCUCGUUUGCUAGGUAGCAGCGUCAACUUUGCUGCGUGGCUAGCCGACUGACUUGAUAUUUCAAGCUACAUGAAUUUAUUUUACGGUGAUAUAUACAUACUACAGUAGUUGCAUAGUAAUUACGCGGAUUAGCUAGCUAACAGUUGGUUAACGUUACACCUUUAGCUAUAAACAGCCACUUUUUUUUGAAAAAGCGAUAGCCUGGUUUUAAAUGAAAAUGCAGAGUUACAGUUGCCGUCGUCGGCAUGGAAGUUCAUCACCAAACGCCCGACCAAUACGUCAGAAGUUACAGUUUGCACCGAGCGAUGAAGAGGAUGACCCGAUUGAGGACGGCAACAACAGCACAGGAGCAGAAUCGGGCUUUACAGAACUGGACUCUCCGAUGCAUGAGCUACGGGACAGUGUCGCUAAACGACUCGAACACAGCAGCCCUCUGAAUCGGACUGGGGAACGCGGUGAUGUGGAACUAUGGGACGAAGAGGGAUUCGGUUCUCCGUCUCACCUUCAGUCCCCUAGUAGCGUUAUUUUCACGAAGGGGUCCCGGUCACCACGGAAAAGCUCUCGGUUGUACGGCAAUUCACCGGAGCGGUCAUACAUUCAGGACGAUGGGGAAGGCUCGAGCUCACCUAUUCCAGACUGCCCCGACACACCUCCACACAAAACCUUCAGAAAACUUCGCCUUUUUGAUACUCCACACACACCAAAGAGUUUGCUGAACAAAGCCAGAACUGCCAGCUCAGUGUCCUCAAGUAGGAGAGUGGCUCUCUUCAGGAAUGUGGAUUCUACAGGAAAAUCUGGUCCAGACGGCAGGAGAAGCCAGACCCCUUUGGUCAACAUCAACCCCUUCACCCCGGAAGCCCUUCUCAUCCAGUCUACCACUCAACAGAAGAACAACAGGAAGAGGGCACACUGGAAUGACUCCUGUGGUGAGAACAUGGAGGCGAGUGACGCUGAAACCGAAGAAAUCAUUCCUCCGCCAAAGAGAAUCACCUUGAUGGAGAGUAAUAUGAAGUCCAGGUACACCUCUGAGUUCCACCAGCUGGAGAAGAUCGGCUGCGGGGAGUAUGGGGCCGUCUUCAAGUGUGUCAAAAGACUGGAUGGCUGCAUCUAUGCUAUCAAGCGCUCAAAGAAGCCCCUGGCAGGCUCUGUGGAUGAGCAGAACGCCCUUCGGGAGGUGUAUGCCCAUGCUGUGCUGGGCCAGCACCCCCAUGUGGUUCGCUACUACUCAGCCUGGGCAGAGGAUGACCAUAUGCUCAUCCAGAACGAGUACUGCAAUGGCGGCACCCUCUCAGAUGUCACGGCCGAGAACUAUCGGCGGCUCGGCUUCCUAUCGGAGCUGGAGCUGAAGGACCUGCUGCUGCAGGUGACUCGCGGCCUCAAGUACAUCCACUCAUCCUCGCUGGUCCACAUGGACAUCAAGCCUAGCAAUAUUUUUAUCUCACGCAAGACGGUGUGCAGUGUAGACGCAUGUGAUGAAGAGGAGGACGAAAAGGAUGGACUGGCAACCAGUGUGGUAUACAAAAUAGGUGACCUUGGCCAUGUGACGAGGGUGAACAAUCCUCAAGUUGAAGAAGGCGAUAGCAGGUUCCUGGCAAAUGAAGUCCUCCAAGAGGACUACAGUAACUUGACGAAGGCGGACAUCUUUGCCCUGGCCCUGACUGUUAUCAGUGCCUCGGGGGCGGAGCCUCUGCCCACCAAUGGGGAUAAGUGGCACGAGAUCCGUCAGGGAAAAUUGCCACCCAUCCCACAAGUGCUCUCUCAGGAAUUCUUGAGUCUACUGAAGCUGAUGAUCCACCCUGACCCCACCCGGCGGCCGUCCACCUCUGACCUCAUCAAGCACCCGGUGCUGUUGACCGCAGCUAGAAUGAGUGCUGACCAGCUCCGUGUGGAACUCAAUGCAGAGAAGUUCAAGAAUGCACUGCUCCAGAAGGAGCUGAAGUUGGCCCAGAUUGCCAAAGCUGCUGCUGAGGAGAAGGUUCUGUCCACGGACAGAGUCCUGACCCGCUCCACUGUUCAGCCCAACCCCAAAACCUCCAGACUCAUCGGCAAGAAGAUGAACCGCUCAAUGAGCCUGACCAUUUACUGAAAUGCAGACCCCCCCCAAUGAUGUUGGAACAUGGACUGGAAAACUGAUAUCUAGGGAAUCUGACUAGCUACGUAUUCUGUUGAGUAAGAGUGCUGAAAAUGGACCCCAUUUCCACUGGUCACAGAGACUUUUCACUGUUAAAAUUGGUGCUGUGGGUGGACCUUUCUUGUCAGACUCGAUCAAGACAGACUAGACUUUGCCAUACUCAAUUAGUACUGACUUGUCAUAUUUGACCAGUAAUUCUGGUAGUGGACGUCUCUUGACAGAGACCAAGCAUUCCUUAAGGUAGUUACUGUACCUUUUUUUUCCUUCUUGUGGCUGACAAAAACAAAACAAGUCUAAGUAGAUUGCAGAGGCUCUCCACUGUACUCCAUGCACUUCCUUGAAAGCCUUGCUCUUUGAUGGAGAGGGACACAGAGAAGCCCUCAGUGUGUGAACGUACCAGGCCACAGAUGUGCGCACCUUAAUGCCUGAUUCCAGGCAUCCGAGGGUCUGUCAGACAUUGCUUUUAAGAGCACUUUGGAAGCAACGGGGAACUUGCCACAUAACCCGCUGCUAUUCAUGUCUGUGUUCUACAGGGGUAAUGGAUUUUUCAUUUUCCCAUUAGAGUAGUUUAAAUCAUUGCACCCAUUAUCAUAUUUGGUGGACUAUAAUUGUGGACCAUAACACAAUUUUUUUUGUUUAAACUAUCCACAAUAUAUAUAUAUAUAUAUUUUAAAUGGAUCAUGCAAUACAUGUAAGAAAAUGGUGUCUAUCAAACCUGGUUAAAAAAGUGUUUUCUUUGCCAAAAUUAAACAGAUGUACAGCCUCCAACCUUAUGCUUCAACCCUGCCUAUGUAGCAUUAAAAAAUCAUUGUUCUGUACGUUCUCCGUUUCUAACUCUCUUAUAGCCUGUACAUUAUCUUUUAAUAAAUUCUUAUCAAAUUCA